AUGAUGAAAAGAGAACCGAGAAGAUCAUCCGGACGAGAGGAACCGCGCCGCGAUGACGAUCGUAGAAGAGAUCGCGAUGAUCGUCGUAGUGGUAGCAGCAGUCAUCAUCAAAGUCAAUCUCGUAGUGGAAAUGUGUCAGGAAGUGGAAACCAAGAUCGCAGCCAAGGGCAAUAUUCCGAACAUAGAUCUGGUGGGCACAACCAGAACCGUUCGUUGAAUUCAUUCAACGGGAUGGCAUUCACCGAAUCUCAAUUAUUGGAUGAUCUUCCAAAAAAGAAAUUUACUGGAAGAUGCCGUCUUUUCGUUGGAAAUUUGCCGAAUGAAGUCCAAGAAAAUGAAUUGAAGGAAAUGUUCUCGGCACACGGCGAAAUAGCCGAGUGCUAUUUGUCUGGAAAGGGAUUUGCGUUUUUGCGCUUGGAUACUCGUGCUCAUGCAGAAAGUGCGAAAGAAGCAAUCGACGGAAGAGUUAUUCAUGGACGCCAAAUUCGCGUCCGCUUCGCUGUUCACGGAGCCGCUUUGCGGGUCAAAGAAUUAUCUCCAACUGUAUCAAAUGAAAUGCUUUAUCAUGCAUUUUCCCAUUUCGGCGACGUUGAAAGAGCUGUGCAUAUAGUUGACGAUAAAGGUCGUCCAACUGGAGAAGGAAUUGUCGAAUUUGAGAGAAAACCUCACUGUAAUGAGGCAAUGACUGUUAUCCGAGAGAAAGUCUUCUUAUUGACUGCGAGUCCAAAACCAUUAGUUGUUGAAGUGAUGGAGCCGCGUGAUGAAGAUGAUGGAUUAGCUGAACGCCUUAUUCCGAGGACCCCGGCGUUAUCGAAGGAACGUGAAUUGGGACCUCGUUUCCCACCUCCCAACAGUUUCGAGUAUGCGUAUGGACUCAAAUGGAAGGAGUUGUAUGCUAUUGAAAAGCAACGCCGAGCCCAACUCGAAGAAGAACUCCGCGAAGCUCGUCGUCGUCUCGAAACAGACAUGGAACUAGCAUAUCAGGAUUAUCAAGCUCAAAUGCUCCGCGAAGACUUGCAACGACGACAACAAGAGUUGGAGCGUUUAGAAGCAGCAAGGCGUGAACGAAUGCGCGGAAUGAUGGGCCCACCAGGUGCGAAUUCGAUGUCGGUUCCACCACCUCAUUCUGGAUAUCCGCCUCAAGCAUUUAUGGGAGGACCGCCCCCAUUCGCGGCACCACAACAAGGAUUUGGACAACCACCAGGAAUGUUUAAUCCAGGGGGUCCCCCAGGUGGGCCAAUGAUGGGGCCUGGGGGCCCACCUCCUGGAGGUCCAGGUGGACCACCACAUCCAGGUCCGCCACGUACUAACAUGAUUGAAGGAGUACAACGUUUAUUGCAAAUAUUCAAAAAUGACAAUGGAGCAGCUGCAAAUCUUCUAAAUCGCCAGAAUGAACAACCGAAGCAAUUUAGUGGAUCUCCUUACUCUUCCGAAUAUCCACCACCGGAGAAAAAACGAAGAUAA